AUGGACAACCCGAUCGAACUGCCCGACGGCCGCCUUCUGUGCGGCGCCCACGGCCUCGUCGUCUGCGGCAUCUGCUGCGUCGACUACAGUUUCAUGGACGAGAUUCUCGACCCUUCCUCCGACGAGUCUUUCUCCGACGAGGAGGAGGAGGAGGUAGAUUGGGACAGGGAUGGCGAUAGGGACAGCGACAGUGAUGGCCACGGCGACGAGUUGCUCACGGAAGAGGAGCUGGCGGCGUUGAGGGCGCGGUUGGUUGCGAGAAAGGGAUGCGCAUGCUUCCUCCCCCUCCCCGGCUCGGGCUGCCCAAACUGCGACCCGGAGAUGAAGGAGAAGGAGAAAGCAAAAGCCCAAAACGUCCAGAAUGCCCAGAAGGGCGAGAAGACUGAGAGGACGGAUGGAAAACCCGCGGCAGGGCGUGGUAAAGGUGGUAAUGGUGCGGAGAGUGGGUCGGCACCGCGAGGAGCAGCAGCGUCAGCGUUAGCGAUAGGAACAUCAGCAUCCGCCGCGACAUCUGCAGCGACAGGAGCAACACAAGCUGAAAAGAAGAAGAGAAACAGAUGGAAUAAGAACAGGAACAGGAACAAGAACAAGAAUAAGAACAAGAAUAAGAACAGCGGCAGCAACGGAGCGACGACCACGACCUAG